AUGUACAAAUUCGCACUUUGUCUACUUUUAUGCUCUGCUGCUGCAAACGCCUUCACAUGCCCUGAUGAUGGAAGCACAUUUUAUCACGCUGAUGUCUCAACAGGCUGCCAGGUGUACCACCUAUGCAGGAAUUCUGAACUGCACACGCUGACUUGUCCCUCCGGCGAAGCCUUCGACUCCCACGCAUCAAAGUGCGCUGCUGCCUCCACUGUCCACUGCCACGAGACCAUGCCUCAUCACAGACACAGACGAGAAGCGGAAACGGUGCACUCAAUCUCCAGAGAAGAAGCUAAGGAAGCCAUCGUGGAUCUCUACAACAAAAUAAAGCCCAUGCUCAAAGAAGCCUUGAAGGAUGUCGCGCCAUCUGUCUACGAUGUCAUCAAGACCGAGUAUGUCCCAACUUUCGAGUCCAUCAGCUCCAAUGUCAUGCCUCUAAUGAAGGAAAAGGUGUGGCCGAGGGUUAAGAAAGCUGCUCAAUAUUCGACACGCAUGGGAUUCCGGCUGUUUGAAAAACUAAACAAGUCGUACGAACUUUCUAAUUCUACUCAUAUUAAUAUCGUGUCCAUGUCCGAUUUGGCAAAAGAUAUUUCCAAAGAUCUCGAGCCUGUGCUUAAAUUGGGUAAAUAUUUCACAGAGCGCUUGUUGAACCAAAACAAAGAAGAAUGA